AUGGCAUACAAAGGGGAUACAACCGCGUCCGAGAACUUUCGACAGUUCAUCAAAGAGCUACAAGACGAAAAUGACCUCAUUUCAAUAACCGAAGAAGUCGAUCCUCACUUGGAGCUUGCAGCAGUGGCCCGUAAAGUGUACGAGACAGAGGAAAAAGCACCUCUCUUCGAAAAUAUCAAAGGCCGCAUUGAUAAUGGCCUUUGUCGUGUUCUCGGGGCGCCGGUAGGCUUGAGCCGUAUACCCGGGCAAAGAUUUGGACGUAUUGCCAAAUCGUUCGGUUUGCCAUCCAAGUCUACAGGUCAAGAAAUCAUUCAACACCUCAAUAAAGCGAAGGCAUAUCAGCCGAUUCCGCCUAAAGAAGUUUCCACUGGGCCAGUAAAAGAGCAUAAGCUAUUUGGAGACGACAUCGAUCUAACUUCGCUGCCAAUACCACUUCUUCACCAGGAUGAUGGUGGCAAGUACAUGCAAACUUUUGGCAUGUUUAUCGUUCAAAGUCCUGAUGGACGCUGGAUCAACUGGUCUAUCACUCGAGGAAUGAUCAACGAUAAACAAUCUCUAGUCUGUCCCAUCAUUCCAAAGCAAGACAUCGGAGUUAUUUUUCAGAUGUGGAAAGACAAAAAUGAAGAUAUGCCCUUUGCACUAUGCUUCGGCGUUCCGCCUGCGGCGAUUAUGGUGGGUGGAAUGCCGAUACCAAAGGGGACGAACGAAAGUGGAUUCGUCGGUGCCUUGAUAGGGAAACAAGUCGAAGUGGUUAAGUGCGAAACGAACGGUUUUCAUGUUCCUGCCCAUGCAGAGUUCAUACUGGAGGGGAGGGCUUCUAUCUCCAAAUCAGCUACCGAAGGACCAAUGGCCGAAUACCAUGGAAUGGUUUAUCCAGGGCAGUCUAAGCAAUGGCCCGUUUUUCAAAUAGAUGCCAUUACCUACAGAGAUAACCCAAUUCUACCAAUUUGUGUGGCAGGCCGCGCAGCAGAGGAGAAUCAUACAGUAUGGUCACUUAUGCAAGCAGCAGAGGUUCUGAACAUUUGUCAGAAUGCUGGACUUCCCAUUCAAAUGGCAUGGUGUCCGUUCGAAUCGCAUUGUCUCUGGUUUGCGCUACAAGUGGACCGACAAAAGUUGAUAGCGCUGAACACCAACAUGGCCGAGUUUAGUAAUAAACUUGGACAUGUGGUAUUCGGAUCUAAGCCUGGAUGGUACAUUCCGAAGAUCUUUUUGGUUGGAGAUGAUAUCGAUCCGACUAAUCUUCGAGAUGUUAUAUGGGCAGAGGCUACGCGUUGCCAGCCUGGAAAAAACGAAUUUCUCUUCCAAGAGUAUGGGAACCUUCCUUUAAUUCCGUAUGUCAGCCAUGGAAUCAAGCCCGAGGGGUAUCAUGCGAAGGUAGUUCGAUGCUGUAUGUUUCCAUGUGAAUUCACAGAUAAGAAUGUCUUCUGGAGAGAAGGUUCUUUCCGUGGCUCAUACCCUGUUGAAAUUCAACAAAAGGUAGAACGGCGGUGGGAAGAAUAUGGGUUUCUGCGAUAA